AUGGCUUCGUCCGUGUGGCUUCUGGGCACUUGUGUGCUCAUGUUGUCUCACAUCGUCCCAUUUGGUCAAGCUGCCAUGUCGCGGGCUGCCAUGCCGUUUGGGCUGCUCCGCAGGGAGCUGGCUUGUGAGGGAUAUCCCAUUGAGCUGCGAUGUCCCGGAAGUGAUGUAGUGAUGGUGGAGACGGCAAACUACGGACGAACGGAUGACAAGAUCUGUGACGCAGACCCUUUUCAGAUGGAGAAUACACAAUGUUACCUUCCAGACGCUCUCAAGAUCAUGGCCCAAAGAUGUAACAACAGAACUCAGUGUGUUGUGGUCGCGGGGGUGGACGUUUUCCCAGACCCCUGUCCCGGAACCUACAAGUAUCUGGAGAUCCAAUAUGAAUGUGUCCCCUACAAAGUGGACCAAAAAGUUUUCGUGUGUCCGGGCUCACUGCUCAGCAUCGGGCCGGCCUCAUCUCUGCUGGAGGCGGAGCAUCAAUCAGGGGCGUGGUGUAAAGACCCUCUGCAGGCUGGAGACCGGCUCUACGUCAUGCCCUGGACACCAUACAGGACAGAGGUGCUGUACGAGUACGCCUCGUGGGACGACUACCGACAGAACAGGGUCACCACCACUUACAAGCUGCCGAGUCGAGUGGACGGGACUGGGUUUGUGGUGUACGAUGGUGCUGUGUUUUACAACAAGGAGCGAACGCGAAAUCUGGUCAAGUACGACCUCCGGACACGCAUCAAGAGUGGCGAGGCUGUGGUGGUCAAUGCCAACUACCAUGACACCUCUCCGUACCGCUGGGGAGGGAAGUCCGACAUCGAUCUCGCCGUGGAUGAAAAUGGCCUUUGGGUAAUCUAUUCUACUGAAGCCAAUAAUGGACGCAUUGUGGUCAGCCAGGUGAACCCUUACACACUGCGUUUCGAGGGGACAUGGGCCACUGGCUUCGACAAACGCGGCGCCAGUAACGCCUUCAUGGCUUGUGGGGUCUUGUAUGCGGUGCGCUCGGUCUUCCAGGACGAUGAGGGCCAGGCGGAGGGGCGGGUGGGCAGUGACAUGGUGGUGUACGCCUAUGACACCAGCAGAGGACAAGAGCUGCCUGUGCAAAUCCCAUUCCCCAACCCCUAUCAGUACAUCUCCUCAAUCGACUACAACCCCAGGGACAACCAGCUGUAUGUGUGGAAUAACUACUAUGUGCUGAGAUACCCGCUCCAGUUCACACCUCCGCCACCCACAAAAGGCCCUCUGUCUUCACUGAUGACCACGGUUCGCUCCUACACCACCACCGUCUCCUUAACCCCAGUGCAGCCCUCUGCCUCCCAUCCGAUCGGAGUCAUAAACCGUGGGCCAAUCGACCAGCGUCCCAUCACGGCCAUGGUUCCUUUGACACCCCGUCCUCCACUGCGUGUGCCCCUGGCCCCGGGAAGUCCGGGGCAGGUCGGCGGCUGUGAGGGGCGGGUUACUCAAGGUGUGCAGUGGCCACCCACCUUGAAGGGAGAGACAGUGGAGAGGCCCUGUCCCAAAGGUUCACUCGGCAUCGCUUCAUACCAGUGUGUGUUGUCCCCCGUGGGCUGGAGCUCCCGAGGACCUGACCUUUCCAACUGCACCUCUCCGUGGGUCAGCCAAAUCGCACAGAAGAUUAAGAGUGGAGAGAACGCAGCCAAUAUUGCAGGGGAGCUGGUGAACCUCACCCGGGGCCGGAUCUAUGCGGGUGAUGUCAGCAUGUCCGUCAAGCUAAUCGAACAGCUAUUGGACAUCCUAGACUCGCAGCUACAGGCCCUAAGACCGGCCAAUAAGGAAUCAGCGGCACGUAAUUACAACAAACUGCAGAAGAGGGAGCGCACAUGCCGAGCUUAUGUGCAGGCUGUGGUUCAAACAGUCGAUAACCUGCUCGGUCCAGAGGCUCUGAAUUCCUGGGCCGAUAUGAGCAAUAGUGACCAGUCGCGCUCGGCUUCACUGCUGUUAGACGCAGUGGAGAAGGGAGCGUUUUUAUUAGCCAACAACCUAUACGAGGGACGGUUCAGUGAUCGAGCACCUAACAUCGAUUUGGAGGUGUAUGUAUUAAACACAGAAGCAGACAUCCAGGACAUGACAUUUCCUCAUUCAUAUGACAGCGACAGCAUCCUGCAGAUUUCAGCACUGGCCUUGCAGCAAUACAGCAACAAUGGCCAGGUAAACUUGGUGCUCGCGUUGUAUAAGAACCUGGGGACCUUCCUGACGACUCAGAACUCCACUUUGAGAAUGGGGCUGGGUAUGGGACAGAGCCCUGACGUGAGGAGGCGCAGUCUGGUGGUGAACUCCCACGUGAUCUCUGCUUCUGUGCACAGAGGCUCCAACAGGGUCUAUCUGUCCGAGCCCGUCAUCUUCACCCUGAGACACCUACAGCUGGAAAAUCACUUUGGCCCAAACUGUUCUUUCUGGAAUGCGUCGGGGGCAUCGGGAGCCGGCAGGUGGUCCACACAGGGCUGCCGCUUGUUACACACCAACAACACCCACACCACAUGCGCCUGUAACCACCUCUCCAGCUACGCCGUGCUCAUGACCUACCAGCAGCCCGUUUCUGGAGUUGGGGUUGAGGAGCUCCUCGUCAGUGUGGUGUCCUGGGUGGGCAUCUCUGUGGCCCUGGUGUGUUUGGGCACUUGCCUCGCCACUCUUUGCUGCCAGGGGGCGCCAUGGCACACCGACCACAGCACCAUCCACUGCAACCUGUGGGCCAACCUGCUGUUCACUGAACUGCUGUUCCUAGUGGGAGCAAACAAGGCCGAAUAUACAAUCCUGUGCUCCAUCAUCGCUGGCCUGCUGCACUUCUCGCUGCUGUCAAUCUUCUGCUGGUUGUGUUUGGAGUCAGUGGAGCUUUAUCUCCUGCAGCGAGAGGUGUUUGAGGGAAGAAAUUCACGGAGGAAAUACUUCUACCUCUGUGGAUACUCCAUUCCUGGGCUGGUGGUGGCUGUGUCAGCUGCCAUCGACUUCAGAGGAUACGGAUCUCAAACUGCAUGCUGGCUGCGGACAGAUAACUACUUCAUCUGGAGCUUCCUGGGACCUGUGGCCGUCAUCAUCACGCUGAACCUGGUCGUCUUGGUGAUGACCUUACAUAGGAUGCACAGCACGGCGGCGCUCAAACCAGACUCCAGUCGCCAUGACAACCUGAGGGCCUGGGCUGUCGGCUCUCUGACGCUGCUCUUUCUGCAGAGCGUCACUUGGUCCUCAGGGCUCAUGUUCCUGUCCGCUCCAUCGUUGUUACUGGCUUACCUGUUCUCUUCCCUCAACACGGCUCAGGCCCUACUCAUCACCAUUUUGCACUGCACUCUGGCUCGAAAGGGCCAGAAGGAUUAUGGCCGGUGCCUGCGUUUGUCCCAGUGCUGCGUCCCGUCCACCGGCAGCUCCCCAGACUCUGUCAAAGGCAGCGCUCUGAGGUCCAACAGCCGCUACACCAGCACCCAGAGCCGCAGAGCCACGGCCAAUAGACAGAGUCGCAUCAGGAGGAUGUGGAACGACACGGUUCGCAGACAAACUGAAUCCUCCUUUAUUGCAGCGGAUGCUAACAACACACCGACACUUAACCGCGCGGCUUUAGGAAAUCAUUUCCUCACUAAUCCAGUGCUGCAGACUCAUGCUGGGGCUUCUCCCUAUGACACGAUGUUAGCCCAAGGAUACAAUCAGCCUUUCACCUCCACAGAGGGCGGUGUUUCCCAGGGUCAGGAGUCUUGUGGCCUGGACAGCAUGUGCCUCAAUGGUGGCUACACUCCAAACACUUUCACCCUCCAUGGCUUAGGGACGACCCCUGGGUCUCGAGCCGGAGUGGUGGGAAGCACUGACCUCCUCAGAGACGGAGGUGUUGGGAUGGGGGCGGAUGACAUCUCUCCAGGCCUCCUGACCCCCCACGGAGCAUCUGAUCUAAGCAGUGGGACCGGGAUGAGGCGGAAUCUGUCCGAUGCAGCAGCUCUGGAGAAGAUGAUCAUCUCAGAGCUGGUACAGAGCAACUUGCGGCCUUCUGUGCCCAUGCCUGUUCCCCCAGAACGAUACGGCAGCUUAGCCCGGCCCCACCACGACCGGGCGACCAUCACACACUCGUCCACUCUCACCCGCCACGCCCCACCGCCUCAGGACGCCUGGGCCUCCACCAUACAGCCCACAUCUCGCCCAAGCAUACAGGAGUGGACAAGGCACCCUACAGAUCAGGAGCCUCAUCCUCCACCACGAGGCACACAAGACCUCAUGACUGGCCCCCGUGUUCAGGAUGGCUGGGCACGCGGGACGGGGGACACGGAGAAAGAAGACAGGUCUCAGUUGCAGGGGACUCUGGGUCGCCGAGGAAUGCCAGACAAACAGUUAGUACGCCCCCCUGAGGUGCAGGCCCGACCCUACUCUACUAUAAGCCGCACACCGGGAACACUGUCCCGCCACCGCAGCACUGUGGAGUCCAGUGGUGGGACGGACCGAGAAAGGGAGCGGGAACGCUAUCGGGACCGUCCUCUCCCACCCCCUCCACCUCCUCCGCCCCAGGAGUCUGAGCCGCUCUACAAAGCUCUAGAGGAGCCGCUUCUUAUGAAGCAGAGGGAAGUGGAUUCCUGGAGGGCCCCUGACCGGGACAAGGACGAAACCUAUCUAUUAAAGCGAGAUGCCAUGGUGGAGGAGUGGAGAGGGGCUUCUGAGCGCAGGCGGGAUGAGUCGUUCAGCUCUCAGAAGAGCAUGGAGGACAUGGCUGACUGGGGCUCUGCCGUGAACAGGGCGCGAGAGGAGCGCGACUGCAGGCGAGAGGUGUGGCGUGGGGCACCCGACACAGAGCAAGAAGAGACAUUUAUCACUCAGAAAAAAGAUUUUGGGAUUGAAGUUUGGAGAGGUGGCUUGGACAGGGAGAAAGAAGAGCCCUUUUUAAAGGACAGAGAAGGUUGGAGAGGCGGCGUGGAGCGCGAUGGCGAGGCGCAGAAGGACCGAGCACUCGAUGUAUGGAGAGGAGGCGUGGACAUAGACAGAGAGGACGCAUUCAUGUUUGAGGGCAAAGACAGUGGGGCUGAUGGAAGGAAGCGGGGCAGAGGCUCACUGCGUUACCAUGGAGACAGAGAGGACUCAGAGGGCAGCUUCACUUUACCCUUGACUCCUGACCUGGACCUUGACGCUGACGCCUCUCCAAUCUAUACUCGCGACUCAAACCCAUCGCCGCUGUAUCCAGGAGAGCGGCGUUCGCCUCCGCUCAGCAUCUUCCCUCGCAGCUCACCCCCAACCAACAUCUUUGUCCCCAGAGACGCCACCUCGCCGCCCAACAAUCUGUACUCUCGUCACUCCCCGCAGGUCUACAGCCGCAGUAGCUCUCCCCCGCGCUUCUACACCCGCACCUCGCCACCCACCAUGUCCUACCCUGACAGCAGCCCUGAAGGACCAGAGGAGCUCAGUCCCACCGGUGGGCAGCCGCAGAGACCUGCCCUAGAGCUCCCCUACAGCCUGGGACGCCCGCCACUGGGGCCGCGGCCGAAUCACCUGCAGACCUUCUACCAGCCCCCUCCAUUGGCCUCAAAUGGUGAUGCAGUGUACACGCCAGAGCCCACAUCGGAAGGAGAGGAUGGACAGAUGCAGCGGGUGACGAGUCUGUGA